AUGUCUUCCACCGUAACAGAAUCGUUACGGCCAAGUCUACUUCUCCAAAGGGCAAAUUUUGAGAGUGUUCCUAUUGUUGAUCUCUCUAAAUUGCACUCCCCCAACAUCUGGGAGCGGCAGGAACUAGCAGAGGAGAUCGACAAAGCCUGCACCCAAGUUGGCUUCUUCUACAUUAAGAACCAUGGCAUUUCAGAGGAGCUGAUCAGUGAGAUCCAUAAUGCAGCUCGUCAAUUCUUCUCACAGUCCGACGAGGAAAAGAUGAAUGUCUACGUGGGAAAAACAAAGAACUUCCGCGGUUAUAGCCCCCUGUAUGGCGAGAAGUCGUCCAACCCCGACUUGGAAGAAAACGCCAUGGGGAACUCCCAGGGAGCUCUAUCUGAAGCAUUCGAUAUCGGAUACGAAGUAUCCGGGGACCUACGAAAGAGUUCUGGAGAUCGGCUUCCCCCCGAUAGCUUCGGGCUUCAUGGGGAGAAUCAAUGGCCAGAUGAGACUCUCGUCCCUGGCUUUCGAGCAACGUACCUGAAGUACUUUUCCGAGGCCCUUGAGCUUUCAAGAGCGUUGAUGAAGAUCUUCGCUUUGGCCCUGGGUCAGAAGGAGGAUUUCUUUGACCCGAUGGUGAGGUAUCCGGGGGUGACGUCGAGAAUGUUGCAUUACCCGCCCCAGCCUGUCCAGGGAGUAGAGAUCCCGGGGUUGGCGGCUCAUACGGACUACGAAUGCUUUACGAUCCUGGCACAGGACCGGGUUCCGGCUUUACAGGUUUUAGAUAACCGGGGCGAAUGGGUGCUUGCACCUCCUAUUCCAGGAACCUUGAUUGUCAAUAUCUCGGAUACCCUGUCUUUUUGGAGCAACAAAAGAUUCAAGUCAACUAUUCACCGGGUGGCCAACCUGUCUGGAGAAGAACGAUACUCUAUCCCGUUUUUCUUUGGUGUGGAUUACGAUACCACUAUUUCUGUCCUCAAAAACCAAGUCUCCGAUGAUAACCCUCCCUGUAAAGAGCCAUUCAAGGCCGGCGAGUACGUACGCUGGAAACUCUCCCAAGCAUACAUAGGAUAUGGUGGGGAGCCUGCUGGUAAGAGCGAAGAUGCUUGA